CGACGACCCGAAUCGCUCCGGCCGUUGUACUUAAUCGAGCCGCAACCAAGCUCCUGACUCCUUUCUUCUCCAGUCUCUACUCUUCUCCCCCCACUACCAGCACGCCACUGCUCACACUUGCAGCGGAAAAGGGGAGCUCCAAUCCCUCGCAAAUCCGCACCAUUUCGCCGAAUUCGAACGCCUAUCCUCCCGCAGAUGGAUGCUCUGUCCCCGAUUCGUCCGUUCUGAGCAGCCAAAAUCGGUUCUUGCCGCUUCCCGAUCUCGGCUAGUGCUCAUUCCGCGGAUAAUUUUUGUUAAAAGCUGCGACUUUCUCGGUUUUGCUCGCGGGAGCACGGUAAUGGCGGGAUUCUAGCGCGCUAAACCCUAAAGAUCUUGGCUUUUCUUGCGGCCCCCGCGAUGGUGACGGAGAUGGCGGCGCGCGGCGGCGAGGCGUUCGGCGCGGAGGCGGACCGGGACUUCGAGGUCUUCCGCAGCGGCUCAGCGCCGCCCACCGUCGAGGGCGCCAUGGGCGCCGCCGCCGCCGCCGGCAGCCUCUUCCUCGACGACGAGCUCCGCGCCGACCCGGCCUACCAGAGCUACUACUACUCCAAUGCACACCUCAACCCGCGCCUCCCGCCGCCGCUGCUCUCCAAGGAGGACUGGCGCUCCUCGCACCACCGCCUCCGCUCCUCCGGCCUCGGCGGGAUCGGGGACGGCAGGAGGCAGCAGCCGCAGGCGGCGGCUGCAGAAGGGACGAUGGGGCUGCCCGGGAUCGAUCUUGGUCGCCAGAGGAGCUUCUCCAAUGUCUUUCAGGAAGAGUCAUACCAACGGGAUUUGGAUAGGCAGACUGCCAACCACAAUAGUAAUGACUUGCUAGGUUCUUCUGGAAUACAGUAUGGCCUACAUCGUGGACCUGGAGCUAUGGGAGGCCUGCACUCUAGUAAUAGUUCACGAGGCUUGGAUGAAAUUCAGAACAAUGAUUUAUCAUCAAAUACAUAUGCUUCUAUUUUAGGGUCAUCUCUUUCUCGAAGUGCAUCUCCAGAUCCUGAGCUUGUGAGGAGGGCCCCUAGUCCGUCUCUACCUCCAAUUGGUGUGAAAGUUGGUGCUAAUGACAAGAAGAUUAAUGGUGGUUCAUCUUCUUUCCGCCGUAGUUCAUCUGCUAUAGGUGAACCUGAUGAUCUUGUGGCAGCUUUAUCUGGGAUGAGCUUAUCAUCUAGGGCAAUGAGUGGGCAAACUAUGGACCAGUCUCAGCUCUAUCAGGAUGUUGAUAAUGUCCAGAAGUUUCUGUUCGAUCGACAGGGUGACCAAGCAAAUGGCAAUCAGCAGCACUCCUACAUCAGACGUCCUGAGCAUGGACAGUCUAAAGUACCUGAUGGCUAUUCUGCAAAUCUAGCCAAUUCAUCUACGAUGAGAAACCAGAUUAAUGCUGGCAGUUUCACAUCAUUUGACAAUUUGUCACUGGGAUCUGGCUUUGCUUCCCCUAGGAUUGGUUCUAGAUCCCCUGGAGGGACUGUAUCUUCUCGACAAAAUUUAGCUGGUAUGUCUAACAUGCUAAACUACAGUGGAAUUGGAAGUCCAACGGCAUCGCCUUCUCUUCAGACUCCUAUUGAUCCAGCGUAUAUCCAGUACCUUGCUCAACUUGCAGCUACCUGUGAUGAUCCUCUCAUGGACAGGGUCCAUCUUGGGAAUUCUUACAUGGACUUACUUGGUCCUCAGAAAGCUAACCUUGGCCCUUUACUUCAGUCACAAAAGCAAUAUGGUUACUAUGGCAAUCUUGGAUUUAACCUUGGUUAUGGUGGAAGUCCAUUGACUAGUCCUGUUCUCCCCUCUUCACCUAUUGCACCAGGCAGCCCGCUUAGGCAUGGUGAUCGCAACAUGCGCUUUCCAUCAGGAAUGAGAAACUUUGGUAGCUCCUUUGGUUCAUGGAAUUCAGGCAUGGGUGGGAAGAUGGAUGCCAAUUUGAUGCCCUCUCUUCUGGAGGAAUUCAAGAGCAACAAAAGUAAAUCGUAUGAGCUCUCAGAAAUAGCUGGCCAUGUUGUUGAGUUCAGUGCGGAUCAAUAUGGGAGUCGGUUUAUACAACAAAAGCUAGAAACAGCCAGUACUGAAGAAAAAGACAUGGUUUUUUCGGAAAUCAUGCCCCAAGCUCUCACAUUGAUGACUGAUGUAUUUGGAAAUUACGUUGUUCAAAAGUUUUUUGAGCAUGGAAGCACUGCCCAGAUAAAGGAAUUGGCUGGUCAACUUAUUGGACGUGUCCUUGCUCUCAGUCUUCAGAUGUAUGGGUGCCGGGUUAUACAGAAGGCUAUAGAGGUUGUUGAUUUAGAUCUGCAGACUAAAAUGGUUGCGGAGCUGGAGGGACAUGUCAUGCGCUGUGUACGUGAUCAAAAUGGGAACCAUGUAAUACAAAAAUGCAUAGAGUGCAUUCCUCAGCAUGCUAUUGAGUUUAUUGUCUCAACGUUCUAUGGCCAAGUUGUAAUGCUAUCCACUCAUCCAUAUGGUUGUCGAGUUAUUCAGAGGGUUCUGGAGCACUGUGAUGAUCCCAAAACACAGCAAAUAAUGAUGGAUGAGAUUCUCCAGUCUGUCUGCCUGCUUGCUCAGGACCAGUAUGGCAAUUAUGUUGUUCAGCAUGUUUUGGAACACGGCAAACCCCAUGAGAGAUCUGCUAUUAUUGAGAAGUUAAUUGGCCAAAUUGUGCAAAUGAGCCAGCAAAAGUUUGCUUCAAAUGUCAUUGAGAAGUGCUUAGCCUUUGGAAAUCCUGUAGAGCGCCAGGUUCUUAUUGGUGAGAUGCUUGGAUCCACUAGUGAAAGUGAACCACUUGAGGUUAUGAUGAAAGACCAGUUUGCUAACUAUGUGGUGCAGAAGGUGUUAGAAACUUGUGAUGAUCAGCAGAGAGAGAUGAUCCUUACAAGGAUAAAAACACACCUGAACACCCUCAAGAAGUACACUUAUGGGAAGCACAUAGUAGCACGCGUAGAAAAACUUGUCGCUGCUGGAGAGAAGCGCCUUGGGCUUCAACCAGCAUGCACUGCUGCCUGAAGGGCAAACAAUCUAGUUGUACAGCUAACAGUUGCUAGGUUUGCACUCACGUUUUUUCUCUACUAAAAACCUUAUAAGAGGGCCCUUUUGGCCUUGCCGGAAAUAAAUACUGUAUGUUUGCGCCGAAGAGUGUACAUUAAUCCUGUAGCUGAAGACCCACGCAGAAUCAAGGGAGGAGUGAUGCAUGCAAGUUUGAUCUGCAAGCUGCUGUAAAGAGGAGGAAGAUGGAGGGGAGUAAGAAGCACGUUUAUUACUCUGCUGCUGUACAAAUUAAAUUUAGCUCUAGAGUGAGAGAAAGUAAGCUGUUAGCUGUCUAAAAGAAAAGCCGAAGCCAUUAGCCCUCUGGUUGUAUCUGUUGAUAUAGUAGUGGCUUCCUGUUGUUUGGCCUUUGUUGUAACAUAAGCAGAGGCGCACUAGCCUUCGUUUACAGUUAAGCUGAAUUAUUAGUACCAGCUUUCCUGGACUGUUUGGUAUGUAUUAUGACUUGUUUCUUGUGCUAAUGGAGUCUCAUGUAAUCCAGAUCUAAGAUGUGAAUGUUUCAUUUCUAGUUUUGCUUGAGACAAA